AUGAAGUAUUUAGUAGCUAUUGACGGAACUGAAGAGUCACACAAGGCAUUCCAAAUUGCCAAAGACCUUUAUAAAAGUGGUGACAAUGUUAGUAUAGUAACAUGUUGUCCAACCAACAAAACAACUGAUGUAGAAAAGGCUGAAUCACUUUUAACAAACUAUAGUAAAAUGUGUUCAGAAAGUGGUAUGCCAAAUGAUACAAUCUUAAUGAAUGUAGAUCCUAAAAAGGGUAUAUUGGAUGCUGUAGAGAAUAAUCAAACCGAUGUAUUAAUCUUGGGUACUCGUGGAAUGGGUAUUAUCAAAAGAGCUCUUAUCGGAUCUGUUAGUCAACAUGUUCGUGAUAAAGUUAGCUGCGAUGUCAUUAUUGCAAAGUAA